AAGAUGUCAGCGCCCGAGAGGUUCUUGUCCGGGGUUGUUUCAGGACUGCUAUUAUGAUUGCGUCUGUGGUCCAACGGUGGUGUGGAACGCCACUGUCGCGAUGUAUUUUGCGUUUUAAAAUAUGCAGAAAGAAAACGCCAAACUAUUGUAUGAGUUAUUCGAUGUUAAGACGUUGCUGGAUGAACAAACUCCCUGUUCUUUCUACUAAUUUCAAGAUGCAGCUUUUGAACCUGACUACACAAAAUGACAAGCAGGAGGUCAUUGACCUAUCCAAGUUUCCUGUGGAAAGAAUCAGGAAUUUUUGCAUCAUUGCACAUAUUGACCAUGGUAAAAGCACACUGGCUGACAGACUACUUGAAAUGACAGGUGCCAUAGCAAAGACAGACAAGAACAAACAGGUUCUGGACAAGCUUCAGGUGGAGCGAGAGAGAGGCAUAACCGUCAAGGCCCAGACGGCCUCUUUGUUUUACACACACCGGGGCCAGCGGCACCUCCUCAACCUCAUUGACACACCAGUAAGACCUCCAUUGGAUUUAGUUUCAGAAAAUGGACCCUACACAGUCCGUUGUGGGAUAUUAUUUGACUGCUGUUUUGUGAAAAUAAUCAGUUCAAGGGGUCAAGCUGUUGCCAUUGUGACCCUUUUGCCAACUGUCCAAGAAAUCCGAAGUCGCAUCUUACCAUGUCAUCUGGAGAAGAAUGCGUACACGAAGAAUGCAUGCUUUUACGUCCAGUAUACUGGGCAGACAAAUAGUUUAAUGCUCUUCAUUCAGCUGAUGGUAACUGAUUUUAAUGCGCCUCCGCAGGGUCACGUCGACUUCAGCUACGAAGUGUCUCGGUCCAUCGCCGCAUGCCAGGGUGUCUUGCUUAUUGUCGACGCCAAUCAGGGAAUUCAAGCGCAGACCGUGGCCAACUUCUACCUGGCUUUUGAAGCUCAGCUGACAAUCAUCCCUGUCAUUAACAAGAUCGAUUUGAAAAAUGCCGAUCCAGAGAGGGUGGAGUCACAGAUUGAAAAAGUGUUUGAUAUUCCUCGUGAGGACUCCCUUCGGAUUUCAGCUAAAAUUGGUACAAAUGUUGAAAAGGUUCUCCAAGCAGUCGUAGAGAGAAUUCCUCCGCCUGCGGCAAUUGUUCAUGACCCAUUCAAAGCACUCGUCUUUGACUCCAAUUUUGACCACUACAGAGGAGUAGUGGCUAACGUUGCCGUGUUUGCGGGUCAUGUCAAAAAAGGGGACAAGAUCGUGUCGGCACACCUCGGCAAAGCCUACGAGGUCAGCGAGCUCGGACUUCUUCGCCCAGAAGAGCAUCCCACGCAGAAACUGUUUGCUGGACAGGUGGGCUACCUCGUAGCCGGGAUGAAGGAUGUAAAGGAGGCGCAGAUUGGGGACACGCUCUACCUCCAGGACCAGCCAGUGGAAGCUCUGCCCGGCUUUAAGCCAGCCAAAGCAAUGGUGUUUGCCGGAAUGUAUCCAGUGGACCAGUCAGAAUACCCGGGCCUUCGUAGCGCCAUCGAGAGACUGACACUAAACGACUCGAGUGUCACAGUGCAGAGAGACAGCAGUUUGGCUCUCGGAGCUGGUUGGAGGCUGGGCUUCCUGGGACUUCUUCAUAUGGAGGUGUUUAAUCAGAGGCUGGAGCAGGAAUACAAUGCGUCUGUUAUCGUAACCGCGCCAACAGUGCCUUAUAAGGCUGUUCUCUCGUCAGCUAAAGUCAUCAAGGAACAUGGCAGGGAGGAGAUUACCGUUGUGAACCCAGCUCAGUUUCCAGACAGAUCUGUAGUGUCGAAGUAUUUGGAACCAAUGGUGGUGGGGACUAUUUUGGCACCUGACACAUACACUGGCAAGAUUAUGACUCUCUGCUUGAAUCGCAGAGGCAUCCAGAAUAAUAUGGUGUACGUAGAUGACCAUCGUGUGAUGAUGAAAUAUCUCUUCCCUUUAAAUGAAAUUGUUGUGGAUUUCUAUGACCUCCUCAAGUCUCUUUCUUCAGGAUAUGCCAGCUUUGAUUAUGAAAACGCAGGCUACCAGGCAGCUGACCUUAUCAAGAUGGAUAUUCUAUUGAAUGGGCGCCCGGUGGAAGAACUCACCAUAAUUGUGCACAGAGCGCGCGCAUACAGCACGGGGAAAGCCGUAUGUGAGCGACUCAAGGAUUCCAUACCGAGGCAAAUGUUUGAGAUUGCAGUACAAGCAGCUGUCGGGAGUCAAAUCAUUGCAAGAGAAACUAUGCCGCGUCCAGUGCACGAGUCACACGGGUUAUCUGUAAAAACGUGGGCAGAGGAGGAGAGUGACUAUGCUGACAGCACACUUAGCAGAGGGCAGUCGAUGUGUGAUGACACGUCGUCGGAAUUGCAGAGAAUGGCCGCCAUUGAACGGAGAGACGUCAACUCGCAGAAUUCCUUCCGUGGCCGAGGUGCUCUCUCCAGGAUAGUGAAUAUGGUGAUGAGCGUCAGAGAAUGGGCCCAGAAGAGCGCGGCCGAGGAGGCGGAGCGGCCCGAUUCUUUUCUGGAACGUUUCCGGGGCCCCGCCCACUUAGACAUACACGCCCCACCCAGCGGUUUUAGUCACAGCCACAAUGGCUCUGAUAUAGACAGUGAAAUGAGACGCACCAAAAGAAGGAGGAACUGUAACAAUGUCAUCUUAUCGCCAUCGGAUGAUGCGUAUUACCACUGGCUGAUGGUGAUUGGGCCGGCUGUUUUUUAUAACUGGACCCUAUUAGUCGUCAGGGCCUGUUUUGACGAGCUGCAGAUGAGGAAUGUUUCGGUGUGGCUGGUCAUGGACUACAUCUGCGAUGGAGUCUACAUUCUCGACAUAGCGGUUCGUCUUCAUACAGGUUUCUUGGAGCAAGGACUGAUGGUGAAAGAUGGCCAGCGUUUGAGGGAAACCUAUAUCCGGACCUUCCAGUGUAAACUGGACAUCUGCUCCAUCCUUCCAACUGAUCUGUUAUAUUUGACUUAUGGACUCAGUCACGCUCCCCUUCUUCGAUUUAAUCGUCUGCUGCGCCUGCCACGGCUGUUUGAGCUCUUUGAACGUACAGAAACAAGAACAGGUUACCCGAAUACCUUCCGCAUCUGUAAACUCAUCGUAUACAUCCUGGUGAUCAUCCACUGGAAUGCCUGCGGAUAUUACAGUUUCUCCAAAGUCCUAGGACUGGGCUCAGACUCCUGGGUUUAUCCCAAUUCCUCUGAUCCAGAGUUUGCCUCCCUCACCAGAAGUUACAUAUACUGCCUGUACUGGUCCACUUUGACGCUGACGACCAUCGGCGAGACUCCACCUCCUGUGAGAGAUGAGGAGUAUCUCUUCCUCAUAUUUGAUUUUCUGGUAGGCGUUCUAAUUUUUGCCUCCAUUGUGGGGAAUGUUGGAGCCAUGAUUUCGAAUAUGAAUUCUACAAGAGCAGGCUUUCAGGCUCGUGUCGACUCUCUGAAACAUUACAUGCACUUCAGGCAUGUCAACAAGGUGCUGGAACAGCGUGUCAUUCGAUGGUUUGACUACCUCUGGACCAACAAGAAGACUAUUGAUGAACAGGAAGUGCUCAGGAGCUUACCCAGUAAACUAAGAGCAGAGAUUGCAAUCAACGUUCACCUGGACACACUGAAGAAGGUGCGUAUUUUCCAGGACUGUGAGGCAGGCCUCUUGGUAGAGUUGGUGCUCAAACUUCAGCCACAGGUUUUCAGUCCCGGGGACUACAUCUGUAGAAAGGGAGAUGUGGGUAAGGAGAUGUAUAUCAUUAAAGAUGGCCGCCUCGCCGUGGUGGGGGAGGAUGGAGCCGCCCAGUUGGCUGUCCUCACAGCAGGCAGCUGCUUCGGAGAAAUCAGCAUCCUGAAUAUCAGCGGCAGCAAGAUGGGGAACCGACGUACAGCUAACAUCCGCAGUCUGGGAUACUCGGACCUUUUCUGCCUUUCCAAACAAGACCUGAUGGAUGCGCUGCAUGAGUUCCCUCACGCCAGGGCCCAACUGGAACAGAGGGGUCGGGAUAUCCUGCGGAAGGAGGGCCUCCUGGAAGAAGUCAGUGUGUCUGCCGGGGAGCAGCUGGAGGAGAAGGUGGAGAGGUUAGAAACCGGUGUGGAUCGACUACAGACAAGUUUGGCACGUCUGCAGAGUGAGUUCCACUCUGCUCAGCUCCGAACGAAGCAGCGAAUGACGGCCCUCGAGCACAGCAUCGCCGUGGUAACCGCAGGCAGCGGUUUUCAGUCAGAUACAGACUGCAACGACAGCACCUCUGGUGGCAACGGAAUGCGGAGCCAAAUAAAUAUUCGGCUCUAAAAGGACCUCCAACGUCUAGAUGGCCUAACAAUCUAUUGUCGCUAUCAAAACUUUUUUCGAAUCUAUUAUCCAUACUCGAGUAAUGCCCCCCCACCCCCCCCACCCCCCCACCCCAAAAAUGCAUUCAUCAACUCUGCACAGAAUUUGAGGGGGGAAAAAAAAAAGAACUUCCUUUGCUAGCGGUUAGCAUUCGGGAUUAGCGUUAAUGCAAUUAGGAUUAACAAGGUAGCAAUUACCAUUUUAGGUUGAAAAGAUUUGAGGAAAAAAAAACGGUAACGAUUGUUCAGCUCCCCCAUACAUCAUAUUCUACUGUAUGUCAAUUUCAUAUCUAAUAGUGUCUUAAAAAUCACUUACAGAUGCACCUUUGUCGUUUUUGACAGUGUUUUUCACUGGUCCGACAGUGCGUCCGUCUGCUACAAAUGUCCUUGCGGUAAACAUGGACAAUGGCUAAAUAGUUCCAUGCAGUGCAAAUUUGUUCCAAGUGGCGCAAAUAUGCUUUUAUGAAUAUUUUUCAUUGCCUUGAGGCACAAACUUUUGCGUUGACCAACGUUUGUGGUCAACAUAGCCGAUUUAGCCGAUUUUUUUUUUUCCCCCCUUCACAGCCCUAUUUGAUUAAAACGGUACAAACAUGGCGCCAUGCUGCCUGGGGUUCGCCAUGUUGACAGCCGUGCCCUGUCGAAGUCCGCGGUCACACGAGGCCACCGACCUUACGAAAACAAAACGAAAGCAAAUGAAAAGUGUUACGUCAUCUCUCUAAACUCUUUCUCAAAGUGAAGUAAUAGCUGACUAAAUCCGUUUUUAUAGGCGGGAAAGGAAUCUGCAGCACUUACAUCACGUGGCUGCCUUCCUUAUGCAAUGAAGCAUGACAGUGAACUAUUUUAACAAAACAAGGCAACUCAAAUGUAUCAAACUUCAUUGUUUUCACUUUUUACUGUCUAAAAAAAAAAAAAAAAAAAAAAACAUUGCAGGGCACAUAUAAACAAACAACCAUUCGCAGAUGGCAGCGCGUGUGGCGUCGUGUGGGUGAGCGGUUUGCUGAUGUCAACGUUGUGGAUCGAGUGGUCCCAUGGUGGCGGUGGGGUUAUGGUAUGGGCAGUGUGUGUGUGUGUGUAUAUAUAUAUAAAUAUAUAUAUUUAUAUAUAUAUAUAUAUACACACAUAUGCUUGUCUUUGUUGGUACUCACAUCUUCACAGAAGCUGAUGUAGCAUGUAAUAGUGUUCAUAUAUUCAUCCAAGCUGCUAUAUAAUCGUGACCAAUACAAAUGAUAUAAUUACAUAUACAGACCCUUUCCAAAAAAAAAAAAAUGGAAUAUCAUGCAAAGGUUUAUUUAUUUCCAUAAUUCCAUUCAAAAAGUUAAACUUUCAUAGAGUUCAUAGAUAGAUUCAUAGAUUAUAGAUUCAUUUAUUUAUUUAUUUUACAUAAUUUGGGUUUCCAGCUCAUAAAACAGGAAUUCAACAAAUUUGAAUGCGCACACACACACACACACAUUGUACUUAGUUGGUAAGCAAAGCAUUCAGACCCCCUUAAAUGUUUCACUCUUUGUUAUA